AUGGAUCACCAAGUUCCUCGUUACGAUCAAUACGUUGACCCUCUUCCUCCCGCUGAUGCUUGGGCUUCCUUCUUGUCCGCGAGGUUUUCACAGAGGAAAGCUUUGUACGAAGGCUUUUCGGCAACCGAGAAAGAGCUGGUACGGAAGGAACUCCGCCGUAUCCGCUACUUGAGGGAAUACUUCGAGACACAACGCCUGUUUCCCAAACCCAACAGCGCUCCCUUGGUUGUUUUACUCGAUGAUUCACGCAGGCGUUGGAAGCAACGGGCAACACAGAAAUGCAAGGAGGAACUAGCAAAAUGCGACAAGGAACUAGCACAGCCAGACUGCUACCGCAAACCCCAUCUCCACCGGAACCGUUCUCUGCUGCUUCAGGUUCAGCAAUGGUCAACACAACCAGGUCAGGAAAAGCAAAGGAAAGACUUGGACCCAGAAAGCUACAUCGACGGACUGGACGCUCCCGACGAUAGUAUCGAUGACAAUCCACGCGAGUCCAACUAUGGCUACAAUGGCUGGCUGAUUGUAUACGAGAAGGGGCAAGGCGGAGUGACCCUUGACCAUCCACUUUGUCAUGGUCAAUACCCGCAUCAAAAGAUCUCUGUACAAAAGCUUCUCUACGACAGAGCCAACACCCCGCUCAAGCGCUCAGAGGAUAAGAACCAGUUACGCUACUUUCAUCUCCAGGCGAACAACAUGAAGUGGGUUGAGGAUGCCAUUGCAAGGUACUACGGCGAGGCCUCAGGAUUGGACCGUCAACGCAGCACAUUCUUACGCGAGAGAGGAGUGGCGAAACCAACGAAUCGCCUGUCAAACACUGAGAAGCUGUUGAAGCGCGAACUUUGGCAUGGACAAGAGCGUGGCGGCAUCGGUACCCAUCUUCCACCUCAUGCCCGUCAAAUACGACCGCGAUGUGCAGUCGUCCCAUCCGCCCCAUGUGCGCCACGAAUACACCCCACGUUGGGUUUGCCAAUGGCUCCCCCUAACACAAACGACGUGGUACUGUUUAUGCCGUAUUUACAUUGGGAAAUUGAGAAACGGCUUACGAGGAUGACGAACGUCAUGCGCAAGACGCGUCAGCAGAAGGAAGAAACCUACUACAUGGAGCGCCAAAACAAGCGUAGAGGUACAUGGGGCAGUGUUGUUGAUAAGGUCAUUACGGCACGUGUCCGUAGACAGGACAGUAUACCUGACGACACAUUCAUCAGCGACAAAAGCGUGGAUGAUGCUCCUUCCUGGCGGCCCAGCAGCCGACUAGGGACGUACCUGUGGCAUGCGGCUAAGCUCUUUCAACUCAUCGACGAGGCCGCCGACUGGAGGCUCAUCAAUGACCACCUCUAUGGCGAAUCCUCCCUUCACCCGAGACGCACGCUUGAGCAAUACAGCAGUUGGACUGCAGAAGAUACCACCAAGAGAGACCGACAGCAAGUGGUUUAUCGUGGAACUUGGAUGAAGAACGAUUUGGAGUCUAUACCCAGGGUAGUAAUGGUGGACCAGCUGUGGAUGUGGAUCCUAGACGAGAACACCAUCGUCACUGCAUUCCCUCGAAGAUGGGGCCGCAACAAGCCCGAUCCCUCCGCGGUCCAUCGAGCAAUCCGAGACUACAUGGCAUCUGUCGACGAGCGCCAGAUCAAUUCGAUCUAUGAUCUGGCUCUUGUCAUCAUUGACGAAUGCUCCAAAGUCAUCUUCGACCGGACCAAACCAGAUCUUCGGCCGGAGGUAGUCGACAUAUUUGGCUCCGCCAUAUCUAAAAUUGCUGAAAAGAAGACGGAGUCGUACGAGCGGUUCGGCCGUGACGUCAAGAGGAUGAACACUGAGGAUCCGCUCCAAACCUCCGAAGAACUGCUCCGCAAGUCUCUCAACAUCAAAUACGAGUGGUCCGUCUUGAUGGAAGCCCAGAAUGUCAUUGACCAGCUACAAAUCAUGCAAGAGAUAUUUACACAGCAGAUCACCAUUAUGACGGACUUUGAGAAGGUACUACGCGGAUUGAGCUCAGGGUAUUUCAACUCGCACCCGGUUGACCUGCAAUCUACCCUUGAGCGUGCCGGCUCCCUAAUAGCUGACAUGAAGGCCAAUCGCGAUGAACUAGCCGACCUUGAGAAGAGACAAGCAAAAACACGAACGCAGAUCCGGGAAUUGCUUGACAUGAAGCAACAGCAAUCGGGAAUCAUUGAAGCGAAAGCGGGUAUUCGACGAGCAGACGAGAGCGUCCUUCAAGGGAGGUCUAUAGUAGUCUUCACUGUUGUGACUAUCUUCUUUCUACCACUAUCAUUCUUCGCGACCAUGUUCGGUAUGAACGCACGGGAACUAAACGAUGGACAUAUGGGGAUUGGCCAUCAGCUGUUGCUCAUGCUUUUCCCCUCACUUGGCAUAACGAUUCUGUCGCUUGCGCUUGCUUUCAGUACUCGGGCUCGGACCCUCAUCUUCGGCGGAUGGCGGUCAUUCAUGGCCAUGGGUGGACUACGGAAGCCAGUGGCAUCUACCCAUCAGUUGACGGAAGCAUCAGCCCACACGUUGCGGAACUUCAUGUUGGAGAAACUAAGGGAGCGAGACCUGCAAUACAGUGAGAGUUCAGAGUUGCCUAUCCAUGAGCACCGGGAGGCAAGAACCGAAAAGGGACCUCCUGGGACGUGGGCAUCUGGGAAGUUUAGCAGUGGUAGCCUGUCACAACUGUGGACUCGGAGGCGCUCGCAAUAA